CGCGCCAGCCCAAUUGUGUUCGCCUGCUCCGCAGAGGACGCCGCCGCGAUGUCCGAGACCGCUCCCGCCGCCGCCCCCGAUGCGCCCGCGCCCGCCGCCAAGGCCGCCGCCAAGAAGCCGAAGAAGGCGGCGGGCGGCUCCAAAGCCCGCAAGCCGGCGGGCCCCAGCGUCACCGAGCUGAUCACCAAGGCCGUGUCCGCCUCCAAGGAGCGCAAGGGGCUCUCCCUCGCCGCCCUCAAGAAGGCGCUGGCCGCCGGCGGCUACGAUGUGGAGAAGAACAACAGCCGCAUCAAGCUGGGGCUCAAGAGCCUCGUCAGCAAGGGCACCCUGGUGCAGACCAAGGGCACCGGCGCCUCCGGCUCUUUCCGCCUCAACAAGAAGCCGGGAGAAGUGAAGGAAAAAGCCCCCAAGAAGCGGGCGGCCGCUGCCAAGCCCAAGAAGCCGGCGGCCAAGAAGCCCGCCAGCGCCGCCAAGAAGCCCAAGAAGGCAGCAGCAGUGAAGAAGAGCCCCAAGAAAGCCAAGAAGCCGGCGCCUGCCGCGGCCAAGAAAGCGGCCAAGAGUCCCAAGAAAGCGGCCAAGGCAGGCCGCCCCAAGAAAGCAGCGAAGAGCCCGGCCAAGGCGAAGGCGGUGAAGCCCAAAGCAGCCAAGCCCAAGGCGGCCAAGCCGAAAGCGGCCAAGGCGAAGAAGGCGGCGCCCAAAAAGAAGUAAAUUAUACCAGAAGAGUCCUGCUCUACAUAUUUUGUUAUCCAACGGCUCUUUUAAGAGCCACCCACACUUUCCCUAAAGGAGCUGAGGCACCGAGGUCGUCAGUAACCUGCGGCAUGGAUCCAGUAAGUCGUCAGAGGUCAAUUGUAUCUUCUCUCCCCCCCCCCGCAACCCCCGAUUACCGAAAGAAGCGCUAACGAGCACGGUAUGACGCGGCGGCUUUAGGGAAGUGUAGACUUUUACAUCUUUUUUGCUGAGUAAUUGGUUUGACUACCAGGAAGCAAUGUUUUGUAGUAAUGAUUUGAUAAAAAUCGGAUGUACUUUUUUUAAGAAUAUAUUUUGUAACAAAAGUAAUGCAGUUGUCAGGCACGCUA